AAGCCAGUGCCGAUGCGCUGAGCCAACGAGCGUCCGCCACCCGACCCUCCUUGCCCCGAAAGGGCCGUGGAACCCGAAGUUAUGCCUGCUCCCCCUGGUACGGCCGGCCCUUCCCCAGCAUUUCGGCUGUUCUGACUGGUCUAUCGGUUUCGGCCGGCCGUCCAUUUUCACUGGUUGACGGCCUCUCGCUCAUGAAUCGUCUUGGUCGGUCUCCCCCGGCGGCACUCGCUGCGGUGCUGCAUCUGAUGUCGGCUCUCCACACGUCGGCUCUGACGCCCCCCUCCCCCGUGGAUCUCUUUUCCUUGGUGAAAUUUUUCUCUCUGUCGUCUCAUACGAUGGAGGACAUAAAAGGGCUUGCAUCUCCCCAGAUUCGAGCACUUUUCUAUCUUCCAUCUCAACCCCGACAAUCAUCACUUAUCUUGACUUUUACCCUACGGUGAUCUUCAACCAAUCCCAACCUAGGGUCUCCUC